AUGGAUAGGAUAAGUGAGUUGCCUGAUGCGUUGCUCUUUGAAAUAUUGUCAUAUUUACCAACAAGAGAAGUUGUGACCACAAUGGUUUUAUCGAAACGAUGGAAGUAUCUUUAUACGUUUGUGCCAACACUUGAAUAUGAUCAUAACAGUUAUCCAGAUGGUGAGGACAGGAGCUUCUCGCGGUUUGUUUACAGUUCUUUGCUGUUACACGAGGCACCAGUUCUACAAGUGUUGUCUUUCGUACUUGGUCAAAACACUGGUUCUAUAGAUAUUGGAGUUUGUGUUAGAACCGCUAUUAAACGCCAUGCUCGUCACCUGAAUAUUGAGAUUGAUGAUACUUGUUCUGCUGAAACUAUCAAUCCAGUUAUACUUCCUACUAGCUUGUAUACAGGUUGUACAAUGCUUGUGAGUUUGGGGCUAGACAAUGUGGUUCUUAUGGAUUCGUCUUCCACGGUUUCCUUCCCAUCCCUCAAAAUUUUGGGCCUUCUAUCAGUGAAGUACCCAAAUAAUGAAUUUGUCCCCAAGAUUUUUGCUGGUUGUCCUGUUCUUGAAAAUUUAUUCGUGGACCGAUGCCCCGGUGACAAUGUGAACCUUUUCGUAGUUAGAGUGCCCACUUUGAAGAUCCUAUUGUUACAAAAAGUAUUGGACAUCCAUGCUGACGGGUUUUUAAUAGAUGCUCCUUGUUUGGAGCUCAUGGGGAUUAAUGUAAAUACGAAAGGAUUUUGUGGUAUUGAGCAUAAUAUGCCUAAGAUUGAUGCGGCAAGUAUGUGUGUUACUUGUAAUCGUACCGAACAGAUUCUUUCUUCUCUUACAUCACUCCAGCAACUUAGAUUAUGUUUAAUGACCUCAAAGGAUGCAUAUCCUGAAGGAUUAGCAUUUAACCGGCUUGUAGAAUUGACUCUGUGUACAUCUGAACCGGAAUGGUUGAAUCUACUUAUGCGUCUUCUCAAAGAUUCCCCCAAACUAAGAGUCCUCAAACUAGAACAGGUCCAUCUCCGUGAGGCUGUGAAUCCACGGCCGUGCUGGAACGAACCUACUCAUGUUCCUAGCUGUUUAUUGUCAAGUCUUGAAACUUUUCAAUGGUCACAAUACGAAGGAAGAGAAGAAGAGAUCAAAGUCGCGAAAUUCAUCAUAAGAAACUCUGCUUGUUUGAAGAAUGCAACUUUCUAUCCUAAAUCUACUGAUCCUGUAGAGAAGCUUGAGAUGCUAAUAGAAUUAUCAGUGUCACCAAGGAGUUCUUCAAUAUGUCAGCUUGAUUUCGGUCGUGAGACUCCUACAGUCAGGGACAUUUUUCAUGAUCACCGUUUGAUGAAGCGUUUAAGACAGACAUACCAGAAAAAUUGUGACAAAAAUGGUUUCCCUUAA